AUGAUUGGUCUGGCCACCGUCCAGCCAGGACAGUCUAUUGAUGCUUUGGUAUUCUGCGGUCUUGCAGGCAUUGGAUUUGCCGGACCUUUGACCCUCAUUGUAGCCGGCGUGCAACUGGCCACUCCGCACCAUCUAAUCAGUACUGCGACGGCUGUAAUCACAAGCACGCGCGCUGUGGCAGCAACCGUAUUCACUGCAAUAUACACUAGUGUGGUCACGGCUAGAGCGAAGAACUAUACUCGACGAUAUGUCGGGACCGCGGUGGAGGAGGCAGGGCUCCCAAGAUCAGGCGUCGGACCAUUCAUUGCAGCAUUAACGAGCCGAAAUAGCACUGCGCUAGCGAAUGUCUCUGGAGCGAACGAGAAUGUGAUUCGGGCGGGAGAAGCAGCUUUGCAACAUGCUCAGGCGGAUUCAAUGCGUGCUGUAUGGAUUAUCGCUGCAGCAUUUGGAGGGUUGGCUUGUGUUGUGUGUUGGUUCAUGGGAGAUAUCAAGAAGACCAUGACAUAUCGUGUCGACGCGCCUGUAGAGGAACUGCAUGCUAAGGGUCGAUGUCGAGCAGAAUGAAGCGCUGUUGACUCGGGCGGGGAGGAAGAAGGCUGGAGUCGAGCAACGCACAUAAAUUUAGCCUAGCAGAUUAAUGAAAGUGAAUG